CGACGCCCAAAACAAUACCGAAUCCCAGCCCAGGCGUUGCCGCGCAUUAUUCCUGCUCCUGUCGCCAGCCGCCUGCGCCCCGACGCUUCCAGAACUAUUCCUGGAGCCCCGCCAUCGAUUGGCCCGCCACCACCAGCUGCUACUGCUACUGUACUUUGGGUGCUGCUCCGCCUUGCCAACAUCUCACCUCUGCCUAGCCGCUUCUUUGCCCUACAUAUUCCUGCGCGCUCCCCGACUCCCCACUUACGGUGAAUCGAUCCUCGUCCAGCCAUGGGCAAAUCCCAGAGCAAACUGUCCCAGCAGGAGCUGGCCGACCUCCAGAAAGCGACACACUUUGACAAGAAGGAGUUGCAGCAAUGGUACAAAGGGUUCCUCAAGGACUGCCCCUCGGGCAUGCUGACCAAGGAGGAGUUUCAAAAAAUCUACAAGCAAUUCUUCCCGUUUGGCGAUCCGUCGUCAUUUGCCGAUUAUGUCUUCAACGUCUUCGAUGCGGAUAAGUCUGGCACAAUCGACUUCAAGGAGUUCAUCUGCGCACUGAGCGUCACGAGCCGAGGCAAGAUGGAGGACAAGCUCGACUGGGCAUUCCAGCUGUACGACAUUGACGGCGAUGGCAAGAUAAGCUACGAGGAGAUGCUGGCCAUUGUAGAAGCAAUCUACAAAAUGGUCGGCUCCAUGGUCAAGCUCCCGGAAGACGAGGACACCCCCGAGAAGCGCGUCAAGAAGAUCUUCCGGAUGAUGGACAAGGACGAGAACGGCAGCUUAGACAUGGCCGAGUUCAAGGAGGGCUCCAAGCGCGAUGAGACGAUCGUUUCGGCCCUGUCCCUCUACGAUGGUCUUGUUUGAAGAGGAGGGUCGAUACCCAAGGGUUAUUUCCUAUACUUGUUUUGUUACAGUCGAUAUCACAGCGCAUUUGCGGGAUUUGUGGCAUACCAUCGUCCCCUCGCUGUUAGGGAUGCACAAGGUUGACUUGGCCUCGGCGCAUGGGACCUCAGGAUGAUUGAUGUAGAUACACUGCACACAAUUCAGCUUCUGGAUUGCGGGAUGCAACAAUAAACUCUAG